AUUUAAAUACUCGCGAGCUUACACACUAUCAACUGUGAGUCAGUUUAAAACUAUUUUAAUUUACGACAACCAUCGUACACGACCAACCCUUGGUAACUGGACGCAAUGAAUCAUAUAAGGAGCAUAAAAGAAAUGCUGAGCAUCCCGACUGGAAGGAAUGUGUCCACCAGCGGCUACUCCAGUUUCACAGACUCUCAGCUUUUCUUUGGGUCUCAAUUUUGGCCUGAAAAUUCUCAGGGAGCGUCUCAAGAUAUGAGUGUGUCAUCCAGGACCUCCCUGUCCCAACAGAGUUCACAGGAGGGAAGUGACCCAAAGUUUUCAAACAGUUAUCACACUAAACCUCUCCUGUUUGGAGAAUUAAAGGACAAAAACAAAGCUUUUGGAAUUCUGGAUAAAUUUGAAGAGGACAAGAAAAGGGCAAAAGAAAAAACUGACAGUGACAUUUUAGCCAAAGAAUGUCAUAAUUUUCGAGAAACUCUCAACAAUAUCCAACAACUGGUCGCUGGCACAGAGAAAAAUACAACUGUGUGCCAAACAGUUCUUGAAAAAUUUGACAACUUUGAGUCAACAUUGCAAAAUAAUCUUAAAAGUCUUCAGAGUGACAUUUCCCAGCAGUUUGAGACUUUGCUGAAUAAAGUGAACUCCCAGACAGGGAUGAUGACUGAACUGGAGGAGAGGAUGAAAAAGAGUGGAACUGCCUCUCCAGAACUUGGUUCAAAUCUGCAAAGCUUGAAGAAUAGUCUGGAGUGUCUGAGAGAGGAGCAGGACAGAGAAAGAAACAUGCUCGAAGAGGCUCUGAAGCUGCUCAGCACCUUAGUCUCAACCAAAACCAGCCCUAAAAGAGUGAUGGACAGUGCCAUCCAGACGUCACCAAGACUGGAACAGCCAUUCUCCGACAUUGUGCAGGACAACAAGCUUGAAGGCACACAGCUGACAUGUAUGUCAUACAACACUGAACACAGCCAGGCUAAAGUUCCCCCUCAGAAUCCCAGCUGCAUCACAGGCAAGAGGAAAUCCACUCUGAAAGGCAAUAGGAGGCGCAAAAAGAGGCCACUGGUGCUCUCACAGAGGAGAAUGCGCACUGACACUGAUGAGAACAGUCAACCUCUCGUGCACUGUAACAAACAACAAAAUGUUUCAUCACCUCUCGGUGAGCGGCGUGAUCCGAACGUGGUAGCCAGUCAGGACAGUCGAAGUCCAGACUGUCUAGUAUUGCCGAAAAGAGAGAUGAGAUCCAUAGCUGCAGGAUGUUUCAUCACCCCUUUCAGCUGCUGGUCUCAGGACAGCAACAGCUCUGUGUGCCUCUCAGGAAUCGAACCCAUCUUAGAGAAGCUCUCUGAGUCCAAGACAGGGACCCAAGUGAAACAGGAAGGCUUCUGGCAGUUGUUUGAAAUGGAUUCUGACUUAGGUCUUUAGAGGAUGAGGAAAGGACAGUGAAGCAUUUGUGUUCUUAUUUUUGGAGUACAGGGGAAUAAAAGCCAAACAUGUUUAUUAUACUUAUUAUUAGUUGUAGAGUUGUUCAGUUUUCGGUAGAAUGAACACACUGACAUGUUUUUGUCUUAAGGUUAUGGUGGAAGAGCUGUGGAGGGGUGUACAAAGGUACUAGUUGACCUAAGUUAAGGAUAGAGUGACCCACAAAGCAUUACACGUUUCAAGCUUGUCAUCUUGUUUUCUGCUGACAUAAAAAUAUUGUAAGUUUCUCUGCUGCCUUUUUUAAAAUUAACUUAUCUGUAUUUAUACUACUGACUUGACACUGAAAAUAAACUGAGGCUUUGCAAACAAA